CUAGAGUGUGGUUGUUAAUAAGCCAGGCAGACGACCUGCUUCCCCGGAGCCCUCUGUCGGGGAGACGAGUGAACUAACAAGGACCAUUGCGGGGCCUCACGGGGCUUUGAAAGACCAGAGGUGAUGGCGUAGAGAGCAGUUGGGAGAGACCACGUCAGAUAGGCCUGAUCAGGGAAGGUGUCCCUGAAUAGAAGACCUUUGAGCUGAGAUCUAGAGGAUGAGAAUGGCCCGCCACGGAGGGGCUGAGCUAAAAGCAGUCAAUCCAGGCAGUUGGAGCGUCAAGUACAAAGAUCCAGAGGUUAUCUGGGAUACACUAGGAAACAAGCAAUUUUGUUCCUUCAAGAUAAGAACCAAGACACAGGGCUUUUGCAGAAAUGAGUACAGCCUGACUGGCCUGUGUAACCGGUCGUCCUGUCCCCUGGCGAACAGUCAGUAUGCCACUAUCAAAGAAGAGAAAGGACAGUGCUUCCUGUACAUGAAGGUGAUAGAACGAGCAGCUUUUCCUAGGCGGCUCUGGGAACGGGUCCGGCUUCACAAAAACUAUGAGAAAGCACUGGAGCAAAUAGAUGAAAAUCUAAUUUACUGGCCCCGUUUCAUUCGACACAAGUGUAAGCAGAGAUUCACCAAGAUCACCCAGUACCUAAUUCGAAUUCGAAAACUUACACUAAAGCGACAGAGGAAACUUGUUCCUUUGAGUAAGAAGGUGGAGCGGAGAGAAAAAAGAAGAGAGGAAAAGGCAUUAAUAGCUGCCCAGCUGGAUAAUGCCAUUGAAAAGGAAUUGCUGGAGAGACUUAAACAAGAUACGUAUGGCGACAUCUACAACUUCCCCAUCCAUGCCUUCGACAAGGCCCUGGAACAGCAGGAGGCAGGGAGUGACUCUUCAGAUGCUGAGGAACAAGAAGAUGAAGAUGAUGAGGAAGAUAUGGACAAACUGGAUGCCAGCAGUGAUGAAGAUGAGGGUGAGAAAUCCUCCAGUGAGGAAGAAGAAAAGGCCCUUGACGCCAAACACAAAGGCAAAACACCCUUGAAAGGAACUUUGCGGAGAAAACGAGCCUAUGUGGAGAUUGAGUAUGAGCAGGAGACGGAGCCUGUGGCCAAGGCCAAAACCACGUGAACUACGUUCAGACAUUUGUAACAGGACUGAACAUUUUGAACUUUAUCCUAUCGUCAUCACAUACAUACCUCCAGUUUUUACUCUUUGUUUUGUAUGUAACACAAUAUUUGUGUUUUUUAUAUUUAUGCCACUUCUGUAGAGCAAGAAAUCUGGGGGAGAGUGAAGGAAAUCCUUCAAGUUGUAAACAGAGUAUUUUUAUAGCUUUGGAUUGUGUUGAGGUGAUAGCUUGACAGAUGAGUUUGUGAUUGUAAAUAUCAUAUAAUAAAGAGGCAAUAUGCAAAUUGACCAUAACCCUUACAACAUGGUGGUGCCCAGAGCAGGAGCGGGGCCAGCUACUCCCCCAGCCGUCCAGGGCCAGCCAAGGACUGCACUGCCAGCAGUUGCAGCAGCAGAGGUGUGAUGGGGGCAUUGAUACCCGCCCCCUGAGGGCUCCUAGACUGUGAGAGGGGCAGGCCAGGCUGAGGGACCUCCAGUGCAUGAAUUUUCAUGCACCGGGCCUCUAGUUUAGAAAUGGUAGCCACCUUAGGUGCACCCCCAAAAAAAAAACUUUAUUCAAAAAUGUCCAGACUUCAGUUUUUUUCUUGUUCUUUGCCUACUUCUAUAAGGAGUAAAAGACAAGAAGGAAAAAGAUCUAAAUUAUAUUGUUCAGUACAAAAAUACCUUUUUCUUUAAAUAAUUCCAUUUAUACAAAAAGAAAAUCCUCUUCUCUUUAGGAAAAUACUGCAAAGUUUUUAAGUUCCACUGUAGGGAGCGCCUUCAGAAACCAGCUGCACCUUUCUGACACACUCCACCACCUUGCUGUCUUCGCAGCUUUGGGGAAUUUUAGCCAGGAGACCCUGAAACAUGAAACCAAACAAGCUUUUAUUUUUAUUUUUUUUUUGGUAAUUUUUUUUUUCCUUUUACCUUGGUUCUUCUUUCUUGGUUUCAUACUCAAAGAAGGAAAGAAUAGAUGACACUAGGGGACAGUUCGCAGAACAAGUAUAACUAAGAAUUGUUGGCAUGCUUGGAAAUGGCUCAUGAAGCAGCAGCUUAAUACUAGCUGAGAUGAAUUAAAUGUGAUCUAGGACUUGAAAACUGCCUGAAAUUAAAGAGCAAAGAUGAAUUUUAAUCUGAAUAAACUAAUAAAACAAGAAACUAUGCUAUCUCUAA